GCCUUGAAAAUUUGAAAUGAUCUAUUUUCUCCACUGUACCACAGAACUGAUCUUAAUGCUGCCUACAACUUGCUAACAGAACUGAAAUUAUAGCCUCCCAGGUGGUGUGUGAGUGCCAAUGUCCGACAGUGAGAAUGGAAGCCUUUGCUGCUUUGGGCUCCUCUUUCUUUCUUCACAAUCCCCCUCGCCAUGCAAAGCCCAGGAAUUUUGUGCUCCAACCGCAUUGCAGCCUGAGAAAGCAGGAAAGAAGAAACCUUGAAACCAGUUGGCCUACCAUUUCACUCUCACUUUUUGGUUCAGGUUUCUUUCUGGGUCCCCUUAUUGAUGGACUUCAUUCUAGGGUGAAUCUUGUAGUAUAUGAAAGCGGCUCUAUCAAUAUUGGUCCUCUCCACACAAACAUCUGGGUUCCUUUCUUGCUUGGAUUGUUUUACUGCACUGUUGGGUUGCUUCAACUCUACUUGGAUGAAAGCGUCUCGUCAAAGAUUUCAGAGGGAAGCCUGGCUAAGUCAGCUGUUUCACUGUUAGCACUGGUACUAUUUAUCGAAUUGAGUGCUGAACUCUAUAAAGCUGGAGUAGCAGACAACAUCGAGGCGUACAUAUUAUUUGCAGCAGCAGAGUUGAUCUGGUUUUCCCUGGACAGGACCUGGCUUGGGUUCACUCUAGCAUGCAUUCUUGGCAUUUGCUGCCCUCUGGCUGAGAUUCCCUUAAUGAAGUUCUUUCACCUGUGGUAUUAUCCAGAAGCAAACAUAGAAAUCUUUGGCCAGGGUCUAGUCAGCUGGACAGUAACUUGCUAUUUUGUUUACACACCAUUUCUGAUCAAUUUAUCACGGUUGCUGAAAUCAAGGAUUGCUGCUGAUACAGACAAUAAGUCUGCCUAGACAACUAUGUUUGGUCAGGCAUUAUGCCAAAGUUUAAGAGAAGGCAACAAAAGUCAAACUGAAUAGAGUUUAAUGUAGAAGUUCUUUUUUUUUUUUU